AUGCCUUCCUAUGCUAAGUUCUUGAAAGAGAUCCAAUCUAAUAAAAGGAAGUUAGAAGAAUACGAGACUGUAGCCCUUACUAAGGAGUGUAGUGCUAUCAUCCAAAACAAGUUGCCUCCUAAACUUAAGGAUCCAAGUUCAUUUUCUAUUCCUUGUGUUAUUGGUAAUGUCUUUAUUAACCGUGCUUUGUGUGAUUUAGGUGCAAGCGUAAGUUUGAUGCCAAUGUCUAUUUGUAAGAAGCUUAGCAUAGGUGAUUUGAAGCCAACCACGAUAUCACUCCAAUUGGCGGAUCGAUCGGUAAAAUAUCCGAUAGGUAUAUUUGAAGAUGUACCUAUCCAGGUCGGUAAGUUCUUUAUCCCGGUUGAUUUUGUUAUUUUGGAAAUAGAAGAAGAUUCUAACAUUCCAAUUAUAUUAGGAAGACCCUUCCUUGCUACUGCAGGUGCUAUAAUUGAUGUUAAAAAUGGAAGGCUCUCUCUAAAUAUUAGAGGGAAGAUGGUAGAAUUUGAUUUAAGCAAUGCUAUGAAACUCCCUCUAACUGAUAAAGUUUGUUACAGGGUCGACGUGAUUGACAAGUGUACACAUGAGCAACUUGCAAAUCAUUACUCAGCUGAUCCACUCGAGAAGUGUUUGGUAAGCAAAGGUUCAAUAAAUGAUGAAGACCCCGAGGUAGCCGCGUAUGCUCAAUCUUUAGAAUCAACAUCAGCUACUCCAUUUCGAAAUGCAAAGUUUGAAAGUCUGAAGUUAGAGCCAAAAGUUUCUACUUGUGAAGAGGAUAAAGCACCAAAGGUAGAAUUAAAACCGCUCCCUUCCUCUUUAAGGUAUGAAUUUCUUGGCCCUAACUCCACUUAUCCUGUGAUUGUGAAUGCAUGUCUGAAUGAAAAUAAAACUGAUAAGUUGCUUAGAACUCUUAGGGUGCAUCGCAAGGUCAUAGGAUACACCAUGGAUGACAUUAAAGGAAUCAACCCAUCGAUUUGCAUGCAUAGAAUUCUCUUGGAAGAUGAUCAUAAACCCUCUGUAGAGCACUAA